UUUACGAAAGUGGAUGCACCCUGUAUCCGUAAUGUUGAGUGAAAUAAAUCAGACACACGCGCUUAACUAUCGCGUAACUUCUCAUACGCGAAAUCAGAGUAUGAAUAAUUUACAAAACAAAAUAAAAGAAAGUCAACAGAAAACAGGGAGCCAUCUUUUUGCAAAGAGGAAGGGGAGCGGGGGACGGCGGGCCGGGAGCAGCGCGUAAACAGCCAGGACGCGCGAUGCCAGCGCUCCAGGCCCGCACGGUCCCCACGGGCCGCGUCGCACACGCGCGUUCGCAAACGACAGAAACGCUCGCCACAGCCCACCGAAAACACCGUCCUCUCCACCUGACGAUGCCACACCGAAGCUCGGAGGCACGAAGGGUUUCAGAGCCCCCAUGGAGCCCACCCGGCCAGCAGAGGAGCUCCCAACUCAGCCACCCUCUGCCCCAGAACUCAGGGACCCCGAGGACCCCUGCGGUGAAGCCCAGGACGGCUCAGACACGGUGGUCCUCAAUUUCUUACCCUGUACACCGGAGCCUGGGAACGCUAAGGCAGACACUGGCAACUCCUCCUUGCAAGGCAGUUCACUGAAGCACUCCACAACCCUCACCAACCGGCAGCGGGGCAAUGAGGUCUCAGCCCUGCCCGCCACACUGGACUCGCUGUCCAUCCACCAGCUCGCCGCCCAGGGGGAGCUCAGCCAGUUGAAGGAGCACUUGCGGAAAGUGGGCAAGGCUGCAGCCCACCGAUGCCUCUGCCUGCCAGGUGACAACCUUGUCAACAAGCCUGAUGAGCGUGGCUUCACCCCGCUCAUCUGGGCCUCAGCCUUCGGCGAAAUCGAGACAGUCCGCUUCCUCCUGGACUGGGGCGCUGACCCUCACGUCCUUGCCAAGGAGCGGGAGAGUGCCCUGUCUCUGGCCAGCAUGGGUGGCUACACGGACAUUGUGGGGCUGCUGCUGGAACGUGACGUGGACAUCAACAUCUAUGACUGGAAUGGAGGUACCCCGCUGCUGUAUGCCGUGCGCGGGAACCAUGUGAAGUGUGUUGAGGCUUUGCUGGCCCGCGGCGCAGAUCUCACCACAGAGGCUGACUCUGGCUACACCCCAAUGGACCUGGCUGUGGCCCUGGGAUACCGGAAAGUGCAACAGGUGAUGGAGAACCAUAUCCUGAAACUCUUCCAGAGCAGCCUGGGGCCUGAGGGUCCAGAGUGAAGACACCUGCAGGACUCACACACUCAGGGAACAGAACAGUCCGCCGGGCACUGGGGGGCCCAGACCUGGCUUCCAAGGCAGCUCCUGGACAGGCGAGGAGGGCAGCCUCCCGAGAGGAACCAAUAAAGGCUUUCACUGAA